UCAAGCAUAGCCGCAUAGCCCGACUUAAUGCUGACCCAAGAGUGGUACAACAAAGAUGUGUGCCACCAGGGAUUUGAAAUUGUCGGUGAUGUCCGAUGGCCGUAAAGUACCAGUUGGCUACUCAGGCCAAUCAAUACCUUUCCGGAACGAAUCCUUCGAGGGCCUCAUCUUCUUCACCCACCGACCUCCCAAAGGGAGUAGUUCAUCAUGGGCUUUCCGAGAACGCCUCGAGGGAUAUGGUUCUCCAGAUUGGCUCUGGGAGGUUCAACUCCAUGGCCGUUUCUUGAAGCCAACUGGCAAGACGAUUUGGCUCAGGGGUGAGCUCCGAGACAGCCCAAUGCAACUCGGUUUGGUCUCCAGGGCCUUGUGUCGUGGAAUCCUAAAAUUUGCACGAAUGAUGGCACAACGACGCGGUGGUGAUAUUUGCUAUGCAUUUGGAGAUGAGGCUCACAAGAACCCAUCGAUCUCCUUGCCCGUAAUGCUGCUGGAUCGCAUAUUCGUCGCUGACCAGAGUCAUCCAUUGCCAGUGGGCGACCCGGAAGAACCAAAGGGUACCUGGCGCCUUGUGGAUGGCAAGUGGGUGCCUAUUGAACGCAGUUCAGUGACAUUUGACACAGAGACCUAUGUAACAGUGGUUUUGGCGACCAGCUACAUUGACUGGACAAAUUGGCAACUCUCUAGCAUUCCAGGUCUGGGCACGCUCUCGUUGGAAACCUUCUGGGGCGAGCAGGGCGCAUGGAUUGCACUUUGCGAAAUGGAGCCUGACGAAUCAGUCAAGGCCUACUUUCUGGAAGCGAAUUUGGAGCCUGUGAAGGGCUCCAGUUCUCCCAGACAAUCAACUGUCUACAAUGAAGAUGAAGCUGAGAGGGCACAAGAAGAGAUUGUUGUUGCCGGGGAAGAGCAAAGCAAGGCCGUGGGCCAACCAAGCAGCGAGGAAGAGGAAGAAGUAACUCGAAAGAGGACUGCCUAUGAUUCCUCAGACAUUGAUGAAGAGGAUCUUUCAGAAUGGGUGCCAACAGAGCGUGACUGGCUGCGACCUCCCACUGAAGGACUCAAUGGUGCCAACGGUCUCAAUUCUGAAGAAGUGGCUCGUGUCAAAAAGAUUGAGAUGGCAUUGGACGAACCAGAACCUGGAACUAUGAAAGGAUUGCGUCAUAGUCUCUCUGGCGACCUCCUUGCUUAUGAAGACGAGGAUAUGGAGCCACAGCCGGACAAGCUGCCUCGGCGAAUAUCUCGGCGAAGUGUCAUGACCCUGACAUUACCAUGGUAUUUGCGCACCAGUGCAGGGCAGCUUUGGUGGUGCAUCUCUGUCGAGGGGUGGCCUUUGUGCUGGCGAAGAGAUCAUCAAAUUAGCCGCCUUUGUGAGGCUGUCGAGCCAGGGAAGGCACAACUUCUGCGAUCCGGAACCAGUAUCCAGGACAUGGAGACGGCUCGUCGUCGAGCUACAGCCCUUCUGUGCAAGCUCGAUCCAGUACUUUUGGAUGAGUUUAUCCGCAUGGAUGUUGGUCUGACGAAGCUGUUGCCGUCCAUUGAUUCAGGCUGGAUCGGUGUUGUCGAAAGCGAAGGCCGCAUAGUGGAGAGGAAAGUGUCCUUGGGAGAGGCUCGCCCCAGUGAUGCUGUCCUUCGCACGGGUGCACAAUUGGUUUCAAAGAGUGCCGUCCUUCGAUCGGCUGCAGACGCGGCAGGACGAGGUUCCUAUCUAACGGAUUUGGGUUCAAUGGAGGAUAUGCCCCUUGCCCUUCGUUGGAAGAGCGACACUGGUAGUGGAUCUUGGAUGGAUAGGCCCCACGCCUAUUUUUCGGAGGAUUUCUUCGUUGAACUAAGUCGUGCCAAAGCUUGCAGGACAACGAUCGCCGAUGCACCUGCUGUGACGGUGCAAACACCGCAGCGGCAAUUUGUUUUCUUGAUGAGGUCUGCAGAAGAAGCCAACAGGUGGGCCUCCAUGCUCAAGGUGCAAACUCCAAGCCCAGCGACAGCAAUGCCAACUCCGUGGAAAGACAGGUUGCGCCGGUGGCCAAUCAACCGGUUGGUGUGCAAUGACUUUGAGCUUUUCCUGGACAACGAAGAUCAGGACCCCUUGGCUUUGUCAGCAAAGCUGCUUCGACUGGCUGUGAGUCUGCAGGGCUGCUCUCCUAAUGAAGUGGAACCCCUCAUCAGCUUGAGCUGCAAGCUGAAAUGCGUUGACCUCACUCCACUGGAACCACAGGACCUCUGGUGCUUUUGGGUGAACGUCUACCACAGCCUUCUGGUGCAGUCUCUUAUUGUUUGUGGCCGUCCUCGUAAUGUCAGGCACCUGAUCUCUUUUUACAACAACUGCUCAUACUUGGUGGGUGGCCAUAUCUUUUCCCUCGCCGAACUGGAACAUCUUGUGCUUCGAAGCCAGAUGGCAAAAGCCAGUGCACGUUUGAUGAAUUUGCUGGUCCAAGUUUGGCGGAGAGAUGAUAAGGAGUUCGAGGAGCGCCCGGCCCUCCGUGCGCCAUACAAUCCUAGCUCCAAUUUUCGAUGCCGGCCUGACUGGCGUCUCAACCUCGUCCUUUGCGCUGGGAAUUUGGCCAGCAGUUCGAGGCUACCAGUUUUUGACAAGAUGUCAGCAGCAGCCUUCGAUGCAAUGAUGAGCAAAACGAUGGAGCAUUUUCUUGGUGCUGCUGGACGACUUGAGAAAAAGCCCAUGCAGCUGCCAUAUGUUCUGUACCGUUUUCGGCAAGAUGCGCCUGGACCUCCCACAGAAGGGCAUGAACGACGUUGGGCAACAGCGUUGGCGCCCAUUCUUGGGGACGUAGACCGUAUCGCAUAUCGCAACUCCUACAAUUGGACGAUGCGAGAGCGACUAGACCUAAUGUGAAGCGAGACAAAA